GCUUUAACUAAGCGCAUAAGGUUUUUCACAAGUAUGCGGCCUCUCCAUACUCGUGAAGACCCCACUCUCCAUAGCCAGCAUCGCCGUCAAUCGCACCUAGCAACCACGUGAACGCCGCGCGCCGCAUUCUUUAUUUACUGCGGUUGCGAGCAAAAGUUUUAUACCCAUUAUGGUGGUGUGGCAUUUGGGGGCUCACCCUGACCCGGCCCAUGUCGGUACCCGUACAUGUGCUAAAACUUACCCAUAAUACGUAGUACCUCCCUCUUUCCUUCCCCAAAACAAUCAAAUGACAACCCUCAACAUAGCUCUCAGCAAGGAACAGAUCCAGAUCAUCGCGAGGAACCCACUCGACGAGUCGUUGAAGGACAUUCGCGUCAAAUUACGUGAUUGCGCCGAUGCGCCAACGGAUGGCCUUCUUAGUAUGCUCAUCCUCUCCCCAGCGGCCUUCAACCUCCUAGCACCAGACGGAAGCGGCAAUGUUGCGGGAAAACUAUUGGAAAUAAAGCAGACUUUACGAGAUGGCUCACUUGAACCUGAGGAACUCAGGCCACUCCUUGACGUUGUCAAUUCUUCCGAUGCCAAUAUAUGGGCUGCUGUCAUCCAGCUCAUCCAAGAUACGAGCUCGAACCGACUCGACGACAGCGAAACGCGCGUCAUUGUUGAGGGUGAACUCUUCCACGAGAUCAAGGGAUGCACCUUCCGCAGUGUGAAGGGGUUCUGGGACAAGUUCCUCAACCCGCAGCGUUGGCGCGAGGACCAGAACACAAUGCUACGUGGGGUUAUGUCUGCGCACGACGGGAAAAAGUGGACAGGAUUCCCUUCUACGCCGGACGAACGACUAGUUUGGGACUGGUUUCGCUCGCUCGAGGAGCGCUUUCUGGUCGGAGAGCAGAAGACCUACGAUACAGGCCGGUUCAAGGCGACGCUACUCCAGCUAACGCGCCAUGUACGGGGAGUCUUUAUCGACCAGCCGACGCGCCGCUUCGUCCAGGCCUUCUCACUUUGCGGCUGUACGAUGGAGCUCUGGGAGCCGGGGAAGUUUGCGCGCGCCCUUGUUGGGUACGCAACCAUGAGCGACGACGAGAUGGGCCUGGACACGUUCAUCGAGCGGGAUAAUGCGGAUCGCCACGUCACACUAGACGGUACCGGCGGCAAAGAGACGAAGAUACAACUAGUAAAGGCGAUGGUGAGGCAGCAAGCUAUCGACGGGUAUGUAGCCAAGUUCUCGUGGGUAUCGGACAAGCGGAAGCUGGAGGUGGAACAUCUAACGCUGGCAGAAGAGCGAGGAGUCGAGGGUGUGGCUAAGUUGGUGGCGCAUCGACAAAUUACGACGAUCGCCGACCUACGGGACGGUCUGGUAUUUCCGAACGCCCAUCGGUUCCGGGACGAUGGCGUAGCGGGUUCGAAGAUAUUAGGCUCCAAGCGCAAGUCAUUAUCCGACACCGCGGCGAGCUCGAAGACAUCUAGCCACAAGCGCAAAUCAUCAUCCGACUACACGUCUAAUGCGUCCGGGCCCAAGCGGCGGCGAUCUGGUAGCAAGUCAAGGCAGGUACAGGAGCUAGACGACCAGCUAUCGAUAGGCAAGAACAAACCGAGUCUAUACAUGGAAAGCGAGGAGCCGUGGGAGAACAGGAUCUACUCCUGUCUAGUUAUCUCGCCCGCGGGUCGCGUUAUCAGCGACAUUAGGAAUAUCAAGGAACUGCUGGAGGCGAUGCGAGACGCGAUCAAGGCGCACCGGUCUUUAUAUAUAGCUGGCAAUAUCCUUCAUCGCGAUAUUUCAUCGAACAAUAUUAUUAUUACGGAGUCAAAGACGAAGAACGACUUCAAAGGCAUGCUCAUCGACCUUGAUCUAGCCAAGGUCAGAGAUAGCGGCCCGAGUGGCGCGCGGCACCAGACGGGUACGAUACAGUUCAUGGGGGUGGAGGUGCUACGCAAGGCGGAUCAUACUUAUCGGCACGGCCUGGGGUCGUUCUUCUACGUCCUGCUAUGGAUGUGCGCACGUCAAUCGAGUCUUCUUCGGCGAUGGAUAAUCAGCAGCUUCAAGUAUAUUGUAGCGACAAAGGAGAUUAUGACCGAAUUCCCUGAAGCCCUGGAUGCUGUUGAGCCUCUCUGUCUGAGGAUUUGGAAGCUUCUCUUUCCCCUGGACAAGGAUGAACGUAUGACUUUUGGAACGCCUGUGGGAGAGCCAGAUCAACUGUAUAGGUCUAUUAUAGCAGCAUACGAUGAGGCUAUUAGCAAGCUAUAG